AAAUGAAUGUUAUUUGAAUACAAAGUAUUCUAUGGUAUCAUUUAUUGUUGAAAGUAAAUCAAAGUCAAGUUGAGCUCAUCCUGUCUAAAGAGGGCUCAACUAAUCAUUGAGCUACAUGAAGCUGCAUGUAGGUUCAGUUUUGGAUUUUCUUUAUUUAACAUAAUUUAAAGAAGAAAAACAGAAAAGGCAGGUGAGUGGGGGGAAAAUGUCACACCUGAUACUCGCAUCGAACAGAUAAAAAAAUUUUACAUUCUCAUUUAAAGUAGCCUAUGGAGCCUCUUCUGACGUCACCGGAUGUGGGGGUAUUCUCCACCAAAUGAAAAGAAAGUAGUGCAAUAAAAUGGCGGCGCCCAUGAAAACGUUGGAGGAUUGGUUAUCCGACCGCCUGUUAGCCGCCAAUCCUGAUGUCGACCUUGAAAUAUUUGUUCCGUACGUGACAGGUAUCUUAGACACAGAUACUUCGACGGAAGACAAGAGAGAAUCUUUGGAAGAGGUGCUGGAGCAAGUGGUGGAGUCCUCCCAGGCUGAACUAUGUGCAGAAAUCAUCAGAGAAUGGGAGAAGAGAAAUACAGCCACUGCUAAAGAUCAGACGUCCGGCACAGAGAAACGGGACCUGAAGCUCUCUGACAUGAUGGGUCAGACAAACAUAGCUGUGGUUAAACCUCGGGUACUGACUGAUGAAGAAAAAGCCAGGAAAGCGGCCAUCAUUGCUCAGUAUGACCAUCUGUCAGAUGGAGAGGAGGAAGACACAGAAGAAGAUGGGGCCAAAGCUGUGAAAGGAGCUCCACAAGGGGGCGCUAGCAGUGACGACUGGAUGUCAAGGAAUAUGAAUUCUCUUAGUGUGCUAGAGGCAGAACGAGAAAAAAGAGAGAAAUCCAAACAGGAUCACGAAAAGAAGAAAGAAAAAGAUCGCACAGACAGAGAGGCCCAGAGACAAAAACAGCAGGAGAGGAAAGACGCUGAGAAAAAACGUACACAGAAAGGAGAGAAGAGACGGUGAUAUUAGCUAGUAUUGAUACCAGUAAAAUUGUGAUGCGUGGAUUUCUGUAUGUAAGGGGGGAUAACUCUGGCAGUUUAGGUUUAAUAGCGGAAAUGGUUUGCAAGCUGUUUCAACUUGGCCAUUUUUUUUUAAUAGCAAGAAACUUUGGCAGUGCUAGUUUAUCACAAACCUUUUUGUGAGUUAUUACAUAGCCAUCUUUUUCAGAGUACUAGUUGGAAAAAUGACGCAAUGAAUUCCAACCACCUCAAACAGUUAUGUAGCUUGUAGCAAGCCCUUGUAUAUAUGUAAAGCGUCUGAGGUCGAUGAACAUGUCAUGAAUAUCAAAAGUUAUUCUGUAGUUUGUUUAUUUCUUUGUUUAUUUAUUUGAUUGGUUUUUUACGCCGUACUCAAGAAUAUUUCACUUAUAUGACGGCUGCUAGCAUUAUUGGUGGGAGGAAAUGCCCAGUGGAAACCCACAACCAUCUGCAGGUUGCUGGCAGACCUUCCCAGGUAUGGCUGGAGAGGAAGCCAGCAUGAGCUUUACUUGAAUUCACAGCGACCACAUUGGUGAGAGGCUCCUGGGUCAUUAUGCUGCACUAGCGUGCUAACCAACUGAGCAACGGAGGCCCUCUGUAUUUUUCUUUUAUAUAAACCUGAAUCUGGUAUUUUGAGUUUAAGAGCAUUAAAUUAUUCCUUUAUGUAUUUGUUUGGUUGAUGUUUUAACGCACACUUAACACUACUUCAGUUUUACGGUCUCAGCGUGAUAAUGGUUGUUGGUUUUGGAGAAGUGGGAAAAUUGACCUGAGAUAUUCUCUUGUUGAAAUUAACGUCUUAGUGUUGUAGGUAAGGUGUUCAACUCCACUGCUGUCCAAAACUUUCGAAGAUUAUUGUUUUUUAUAUAGGUGUAUAUUUUUUACGUCUUCUUUAACCCUAGACUCAGUCAGGUUUUAUCAGUCUGUCACCUCAAAGUACGGCCUGACAGGAUUGGGUCAUGUGAAACUUUGCUUUUGUCCAAACACGAUCAAAAUGAAAAGCUC